AUGCACAGGAGGCGCGUGAAGAUUGAGGAGAAGGAGCUGGACUUUGUCUUCCAGGUGGUGAGUGUGCAGUUCAACCAACCGGGUCGAUACCAGCUCGUCCUGACGGCGGAGAACCCACUGCUGGAGCGCUCUGGUUCCGAGGUCCGAUUGCGAGUUGGUGGUGGAAAAGUUCAGCAGACCAACACGAUCUCCACCGGGACGAUUGAGCAGACCUGUGUGGAUGACAUACACCCCUGCACCCCCAACACAUUUGUCUUCACGCUGCCCAAAGGCUACUGCAAGAAUGACAAGAACCAUGACGUACGUCUGAAAAUAGAGGCCCUCCUCUUGCCUGACUCCAACUCCAGCAAUGUUGAGGACACUGGCACUGACGCUGGCAGGGGCACUAAAGCCGGCGAGGGUUUCUUCGCCAUCUACCCGCGCACCAACGCGCCGCGCAUCAACCUGUUUGCGGGGCCGGACGAGGAGCUGUACCGUUACACGGGCAUCAUGGCGCUGCUCCGGGCCCACCAGGACCACCUGGCCAUGCACUGCGGACGCCUCGUCUACACCGUGGCCUUCCACCAGGCCAGAGCUGCGCCUGUGGUGGAGUUGGGGGGCAGCAGCCAUAUUGCCAAGGAUCCAGCUGAAAACCUAGCCGAGCCAGAAGCAGCAGCAGAAGGAGGAGGAGGAGGGACAGGUCAAGAUUCAGGCAUGGAAGAGAUGGACCCAGGACACACAGGAGAUGGAGACCAGGGGAGGAGGAUGCCUCCUGGGGAGGAGGAUGCCACAGUGCUCCCUCUUCAGUCUGGAUCCUCUGCUCCACCUGGGUCCUCUGCUCUGCCUGUUGUGCCUCCACUGGGCCAGAAAAGGGGAGCUGGGAACAAGUCCCAAGACCUGGCAUCCUCUUCGCUGCUAUCUUCUCUGGACACAGCCACCAAGUUCAUCACCACGGGUACGGAUGUUCGCAUGGAUCUGGAUGGAGCAGAGCCGCGGCGGCCAUCGUCCCGGGAUGGGGGCUUCUGUUGGCCUGACUGGACACACGCCACACUCUCCCAGGACCACUUGCUGCUCCAUCCCUUUGAAGACACACCACCACAGUCUCCCGAGCCACUCCCUUACACGCAUGUGAUGGAGUCUCCACGGUGUGCCGAUGCCAGCCCUGUUCUGCAGCAGUGCGGUCACGUGUCGCGUCCUGGUGAGGUCCUCGUCUGCGUCACCUUUCAUGGGGCCACCAGCCUGCCACCACUUAGCAACGGGGACGUCCCGCAAGCCUUUGCUAUGCUGGCGGUUGGCUCAGACGAGGCCCGUGGGCGUGGGAGCAGAGGGGUGACCCGCGCCACCCUGCAGCCCACUCACAGCCCCUCCUGGGAGGACACGCUGGCAGUCGAGCUCCAGGAUGAGCAGGCCCGAGAAGAGGAGCUGGUGCUGAGUGUGGCUGACGGUGCGAGCAGGGAGCUGCUGGCCUACUAUCGUCUACCUGUGGCACAUCUCCAGCCCUUCCAGCACUACCACCUGGAGCUCAUGCAGACCCACCCAGCAGUUCCCUCUGGAGUGCGGCUCUACGUCAGCAUGGUCCUCAAGACCAGCAUCCUCCCCAGACAACCCUGCUUCUCCUUCACUGGCUUUGAGGUUCUGCUGGAGGCCAUGACCAGCCCUCUCAGAGAUCCUUUAGGGCCCCUGCUGGCUGUUGCUCGUAUUGUUGCUGAUUAUGACUUUUACAGAGACACUGUAUUGCUCCGUACCCCGAGCGUGGCUGGCAUUGCUGUGACCUCCGCACUGUUCCCUGACCCCCCAGAGGAUGCCUUCUCUGUACCCCCAAUCACCAUCCACGGACGACCACAGGUGUCCCCGGCAGGUGUCCCCCAGGAGAGACCCGCGUGGCGCCACAGCUUCCUCUUCCUGGGUCGCGACGUUGCCACCAUCUUCACAGAGGGGGCCGCACUAGUACUGGAGCUUUACCCCACCACCACAGUAAUGAACAGUGUGAGUUGGCACCUGCGCAGCCCUGUGGCUUUCUGUGUGUUCUUCCUGGACCAGAGCUUGUACAGGAAGCUGAUGUCAGAGCAGGGCCAGCGGGGCUACAGAGUGCCACAGCUCCUCCUGCAGGGCGGCCAUCUUCAGACCACUGCAGGCUCCACCCCUGCUGUCAGCAUAGCCAUCCGUCUGAUUGGUUCAGAGCGUCCAGAUUCAGUCUUGGCUGAGAUGGACAACAGCCUCCUUCCGUGUUUGGAUCCAGAGCAGCAGCAGCAGCAGCAGCAGCAGCAGGGUGAGCUGCACUCUUCCAUGGGUGCCCUCCAACCCCUCCACCCAGACAUCCAGCAGAAGCCAGAGCUGGAGCCAGGCACUGGCCUUCAAGAUUGUUUUAUUCAGAUGUCCACACUACCUCAGCAGCGGCAGAGAUACUGCCAGACUCUGUAA